CAAACAUGGCUGCCCCUUGCUCGUUGGUGUGUUGUGGAGAGGAUGGCGAUUCAGAUAAAGCUGUAAUUGUUCGUUUUUCAAACGGAAUCGUCAAAAAUGCAAAUGAACUGGAUUUCUCGAUGUACAAACAUGCAGAUGAAAGCAACCCAAGAAAAAAGAGCAGACGGAUAGUGGUUGCUGAAUCUGACAGACUUUCCUACGUUGGAAAUAAUUUUGGAGCAGGUUCCAUGAAAUGCAACAGUCUUUGCAAAUAUUAUGUAGGAGUCUUAAAUAAGCAGACCAUGCAGAUGGAGGUGCACAGUGCUCAGCUGUUCAAUAUGCGACCUGUUAUACCAGGAGAGGAAACAGAGACUGCUACUGCUCAGGACACUUCACAGACAUACAGAGACAAGGUUGACUCUUUGAUUGAGGCAUUUGGAACCAACAAACAGAAGAGAGCCUUGAGCUCCCGCAGGCUUAAUCAGGUGGGCAGCGAUACUCUGCAUCAAGCUGUGGCUAAAGCUGCCAGCAGUGUAAUUGACCAGAAAGGCUUAGAAGCUUUACAACAAGAAGUGGCUGAGUCCCAAGGGGACCUGGCGCUUCAUCUCCCUCCUUGCACUGCAGACGCUGACAAAGCUGAGAACAUCUACCCAUUUGAUGAUCUUCUGAGUCCAGAUGAGUUCAAAGCUUUGGAUCAGGCAGGUUCCAAAAUGGCAGCACUCACGUCAGAAGAACUGCAGAAGAUGAGAGAUGAAGGAGGGUGCUUAAGUAUUUUGAAGUUCUUGGAGAACAUGCCAACUGUAGAUGAAGCCAGGGAUAAAACAGCACGCUGUGCCUUCUACCUCUCUCUGCUUUUCAAACUGGUGCGGCAAAGAAGCAUCACCCGAAAGUUUGGCCAGGAGGAGGGUUGCCCUCGCAUCAUUCAGAACAAACUGUUUAGAACAUUCACAGUGGAGACUUUCAAAAAUGGAAGAAUUCACAACACAGUGUCUUCAUCCAUGCGGGUCAAACUAGCAGCUUUCUCUCUCGCCCUGCUGCUACACAUGGGUCACAUGACUGCUGACCUUACAUUACUGCACCGUGACCUGGGGCUUACUGAGGCCAGGAUGGUUGAAGUAGCGAAGUCUAUGGGUCUGAGCCUAACAAAGCCAGCCAGAGGGAAGGCGGAGGAAGCUGGGCUCCAUGAUGAACACAGACACGCCUCUCUGAUUCUGCCUUUGGUCAAAUAUGAUCCAUUCAUGGAGAGACGCAAACGCAAGAAAAUGCGCUGAAGACAAAGACGACAAGAUGAAAAUGCCACAAAUAAGAAUUGUUUAUUAAAGCAUUUUGUAGACAAA